AUGAACCCAUCUUUUGCAGGCCCUAGUUCUAUAUCUGAAGUUGAGGUACAAGAUUCUGAGGCUACUCAGGCAGGCUUAGUUCCUGAUGAUGAACCAGGUCCAUCAGUUCCUACAGCACCAGCAAAAGAUGCAUCCCAACCUAUUGAUACCAGAAAAAUAGCCAAACAGGCUAGAUGGUGUGAGCUGCAGCUACAUCUGGAGAAUGAUUUUGAUGCAAGGGCACAAGAGCUGAUUGGAAUAGAGCUUGUUAAAUUCAGAGUGGCCCUAGAUAAGUUUUUGUCUGUUACUCAAAACUUGUUGUAUGAAGAACUUCCAUUAAAUAUAGGACUUAUUCUUCCAAAUGUUGAGGUGUUUGCUGGUGCUGUGAACGAGUUCACGGAACUAAUUCAUGUUUCAUUAUCAAAUGCUUCAAAGCAUGGUGUAAUUAAAUUGUCUUACAAUAAUCUCACUGGAAAAGUCCGUACAAGUUUAGGACAAUUGCAGGGGUUGUACAUGAUCAACUUUGAAAUUAAUAGUCUCGGGAGAAACAUAAGUGGGGAUUUGAUGUUUCUUGAUUUCCUAGUUAACUGCACAAGUCUGCAAGUUUUUAGCUUUGAAGAUAUUUUUUUGGGAGGCGAAUUUCCUAAAACAAUCGACAACCUUUCCACGAGUCUCGCAAUAUUUGGUUUAGUUCAUUAUAUGAUAGUUGGUUCUCUUGCUACCGGACUUGAAAACUUUGUUAAUUUGUCCCUUUUAUCACUGGAUAAUAACAGCUUGAGAGGCAGUAUUCCGGAGUCCUUAGGUCAUCUUCGACGCCUUCAAGGACUGGAAUUGAAUGGAAACUAG